AUUGCUGUGCUGGAUCUCGAACUUUUUUGCAUGAGCGAAUAUAUGAUGAAUUUGUUGAGAAAGCAAAGGCCCGUGCUAUGAGUCGGGUGGUCGGUGAUCCCUUCAAGAAGGGUGUCGAACAAGGUCCUCAGGUAUAUAUCAUUUAUUCUCCUUGUACCAUGAGUUUGAGUUUUCUCUUUACAUCUCUUAUCAAACUAUAACCUUGGAGAGGAAAAUCUCAGAUUGAUACGGAGCAUUUUGAGAAAGUUCUUCGAUACAUAAGAUACAGAAAAAAAAAAAGAAAAAAAAAGCAGUGCAACUCUCGAGUGUGGAGGGCAAAGAAUUGGCUCCAAAGGGUUCUUCGUGCAGCCCACGGUUUUCUCAAACGUUCUGAACAACAUGCCGAUAGCUCAGGAUGAGAUCUUCGGCCCAGUCCAAACUAUCUUGAAAUUCAAGGACCUCGAUGAAGUGACACGGAGGGCGAAUCCCACGCUGUAUGUGUUAGCAGCGGGGGUCUUCACAGGGAGUGUGGACACCACGAACACGCUGACACGAGUCCUGAGAGUCGGGACAGUUUGGGUGAACUGCUAUGACGUGUUUGAUGAUGCGAUCCCAUUUGGAGGGUACAAGAUGAGCGGGAUCGGGUGGGAGAAGGGGAUCUAUAGCCUCAACGCAUACUUGCAGGUGAAGGCCAUCAUCACUCCGUUGAGCAACCCUGCCUGGUUAUGAAAGUGAAGAUCUACAUAUACAGAGACACAUAUCUACUUGAUUGUACAUGGAAAAUAAGGAACAUGUGAUAUGAGGAGGUUGAUGCGUAGUUUGAUGGAAUGAUGAUAUGCUUUUCCUCUUGUGGUUGGAUCGAAAUUUGGGUCUCGGCAUGGAGGCUCAACGACCCGAUUAGCUGAAAUUUCACAGGGUCGAACCCUUCUUAGGCCUAAAGCCCAAUCAUCAAUAAGCCAUACGCAAAGUAUAUACACAUAUGCAUGGCCUGCGUACCACUCCGUAUUCCGCAUCUCUGUACCUCACGCAGAGCAUCAUCGCAACUCCUGGUCUUUGAAGAGUAGCCUCGUAGGCCUCGACGAGGUCA